AUGCAAAGAAAGCACUUAAGAGAGGAAACGCAUUCCGGAAAUGUUUCUGAAGAAGAUACAGAACUCAAAAAUGGAGUGUUGUAUUCUGUGGAAGAUACGCCACCUUGGUACUUGUGUAUUCUUCUGGGAUUCCAGCACAACUUGACCGCUGUCGGGGCACUCAUAUCGGUCCCUAUUCUGUUGAGCAGCCACUUCUGUAUGGAUAGGGACAAGGUUGGCCUCAGCGAGCUGAUUGGCACAAUCUUCUUCGUGUCCGGCCUGGCGACUCUGCUGCAGACAACGUUUGGUGUUAGACUGCCCAUAGUGCAAGGCGGGACUUUCACCUUCGUGGCCCCAACCAUUGCCAUCAUGAAUCAAUGGGGGUGUCCCUAUACACCUCUCAGGGAGAAAUAUGGCGAGGCAGUCAACUUCACAGCGCUAGCCCUACCAGAGGUUGGAAGCGAGGCGCACAGGGAUAUGUGGAUGGAACGUAUACGAGAGAUACAAGGGGCCAUCAUGGUUGCAUCCAUUUUCCAAGUCGUUAUUGGCUUCAGUGGUUUGAUGGGGUUUGUACUAAGAUUCAUCGGACCACUAGCUAUCACCCCUACAAUAUCCUUGGUGGGACUCUCCCUCUUCAAGACUGGAUCUGACAUGGCGUCAACACAAUGGUGGAUCGCAAUAACCACCAUAUUUCUGAUCACACUAUUUAGUCAGUAUCUACGUGACAUAAAGGUGCCGUGUUUUACAAUUGGACGUGCUGGUUGUCGAAAACGUGGUCUGCCGAUAUUUACGUUAUUUCCGGUUCUUCUAUCAAUGGUGAUAUCUUGGGUGAUCUGCGCAAUCCUUACAGCUACUGAUGUUCUGCCAAGCGACCCAACCAAAUGGGGUCAUGUCGCACGCACAGACACGGAAAUAGACGUAUUGCAAAAGUCCAAGUGGUUUAGAUUUCCGUAUCCAGGACAAUGGGGACUGCCAACCGUAAGUGUCGCCAGCGUAUUCGGCAUGUUAGCAGGAGUCCUUGCCUCAAUGAUCGAGUCAGUUGGCGAUUACUACGCAUGCGCAAGACUGUCUGGAGCUCCGCCCCCUCCAACACACGCAGUCAACCGUGGGAUUGGCAUCGAGGGGAUUGGCUGUAUUUUGGCGGGGGCGUGGGGAUCCGGAAACGGGACCACCUCUUACAGUGAAAAUGUAGGAGCAAUUGGAGUAACCAAGGUUGGAAGUGUAAGGGUCGUGCAAGUUGGAGGAAUAGUGAUGCUGUUGCUAGGAUGCCUCGGCAAAUUUGGAGCACUUUUUGCAACUAUACCUGCUCCAGUGAUUGGCGGAAUGUUUAUGGUCACUUUUGGUAUGGUUACAGCGGUUGGGAUAACGAACCUGCAGUAUGUUGACCUAAACUCAUCACGAAACAUUUUCAUACUGGGCCUGUCUUUGUUCUUUGGUCUCAGUGCACCGUUUUGGGUGGCUAACAACCCCACAGCAAUCAAUACAGGAAGCACAGUUGCUGACCAGAUUUUCUCUGUCCUACUCAGUACGAGCAUGUUUGUGGGCGGUUUCAUUGGGUUUGUUUUGGACAACACUAUUCCAGGAACACCGAAGGAACGCGGUCUGUUGGACUGGAGAAAGUUAAGUUCAGGGACCGCUGAAAGUCAGAAUGCGAGAAUGCAUAUUUACGACUUGCCUUUGAUACAAACUUACUUAGAUAACAUUUCGUGGUUGAAGUACGUUCCUUUCUGUCCCAACUUCAUGAAUAAGCGAGACCAACAUAAGGAGAGGGAAGGAAAUGGUGUUGAGAUGAAAGAAGACGUUUUUCCCAAAAAUAAAAACGGCAUAGAUAAUGUCGCCAUAGUGUUAGAUAAUGGCAUUGGUACAAAACUGUGAACCAUCUUUUUACCCUCGGUUCUCUACUGUAGUAUAGUUGUAGUAACGUUAGUGGAAUAGUUUUUUCUUGUAAUUAUAACACAAUGAGUCAGUUAUUCAGCACUUUGCUCAAGGUAACAACGUUGUUAAGGGCAUCAUUGUUUAACCGUCAACCCCUUUCAUCUGUACUUUUAUAUCAUAAUUUAUAUACACAUAUAUUUAUAAUUAUUAUACACCUCACGUGACCUGCCCAUGUUAUCUCAUAUACCCAUCAUGGGCAAUUUCUUACUGUCACACUGACAGUACCGUUUUGACCGGUUGACAUUAUUACUGUCACAUAGCACGCGCGUCUAAAAAUAGGCAUGUGGGGUUUCCCAAGUCUGAGGUGGUAAGCGCUUAUUAAAAUGUGUUGUAAAUCUGGUACCUUCCGGUGUUUGCAAUAUUUCCAAACGACAUUUGCAGAAUAAUAUCAGCUAGUGUAAACAAACAAUAAUUACAGAAUAAAUUGAUUAAACUUGGAAGUUGUGUAAUGGUAAAAAUCUUAUAUAAUUAUGUAUAUAAAUGUAACUGUGUUCGGUAUAAGGUCUUCGCCUCGGGUAACAGUAUUUCCCUCAUGUUGACAAUAUGUACUGUCACACUGGAAGCCAUGCAAUAUUUAUAUAAUAUAUAAUAAACCAUUUUACUUUUAAAAGAGUUAACAACGAUUAUUUUGACAAUGUUGAAAGCUUUAAUACAUUUUUGAAUAAACGGCCAAUUUAGCUAUGCGAUGUACAAUAAUUUGAACAUACGUCAUUACACUGUAUUGCUUAUUUGAGAAUGAAAUUUAAUAACUCGUAUGUUAGAAAAGUUUAACUUUGUCAGCAUUUAGUAUCGCUAAUGUAUUUAAAGUAUGAAACAGAUCAAACGGAAGAAACAUAUAUCGAAGGUUGUUUAUAUAACCUGAUACUAUAUGUAUAUAACGAUGUAUAAAGGAACAUUUUGUAUCAUGUGUUGAUAUGUUCAUGUUGCUAUAUAUAACGAAACCUUUUAGUAUAUUGUGCUGAUAUUCUCACUAAAUUUUUUAGAAUAGUAAACAUAUUUUCAAAUAACUUCUUGGUAAUGGAUUUUACCAUCAAUCGUUAAAAGAUUUAUUUUAACCAGGGGAUGCCUCUAC